AUGCCAUCCUUUGCAACAGUAAACCUUGCAGUGGUAGUGUUUUUGCUAAUAUUCCAGUACAAGAAAGUGUAUGGUGAUGAGCAACAAGAAUCAUGUUCUCAAAGGUGCGGUGUCCAUAACAUCACACACCCUUUCCGGCUGAAAAACAGUCCCAAACACUGUGGUGACAAAAGGUGCAUCUUAUCAUGUGAAGACAACAACCAAUUGGUUUUGUACUUUGAAUCAUUUGGAAAAUACUAUGUUCAGUCGAUUAAUUACAACAACUUCACUAUACGAUUGUUGGAUUUCAAUUACUCCAAUGAUUCUGUCCCCUCUCAUCCUCUACGAUCCUAUAGUUUCACUUACCACAAUACCCUAACCUCGCCAUACCAAGUGUAUGGGGAUUACUAUAAAUCAUUGGUAAAGCUUAUUUUAUAUGUAAACUGUCCAAAUCAUGUCCAAUAUUCUUCUGAUAUUUACUUUCCUACCGCUACCUGCACCAACGUUAGUGAUUCCUAUCCGCAGCAUGGAAAUUCUUCCUAUGUCAAUUCUAUCAUAUUUGGAUAUGACAAAUCUCUUUCUAGAUUGGGGCUGGAAGACGGGUGUCGUAUAGAGUUUAUGUAUCUCACUUCUUGGGAUUUACAAGAUGGAAACAACAACAACAUUUCUUGCACGGACAUCCGCCGUAUGAUGCUUUAUGGAUUUGAACUUUCUUGGGCCAACAGUCUUUGUAAAGAUGGAUGGUUUUCAUACAUCGAUGAGAAUAACCAACGUCGCUGUAUUCAUUACGGUAAUUUGUUUCAAACCUCUCAACCUUUCUCAAUUUUUUUUAAUUGGUUAGUUAAUUAA